AUAAAUCGACAAGGAAACGGGGAAGGAUGAGUUCUGCAAAUUUGGGUUCGUUGGUUCAAACCUGCUCGAUAUUUCACCAUGAAGGAAUAUCCAGAUUCCCUUGCUCGACGUUUAACCCUUUGCGGAGGAAGCCCACAUCUCUCUUUUCUCCCAGCACAGGACGACCCUCCAUUACUCCUUCUUCUUCUUCCCUCUCUGCGAUUUUUGUCGCCAAGGAAGAGGAGAGGCAGAAAGAAGGUGAAAGCCCUGAGAUGGAGACGGGCUUCAAUUUCAAAUCCUAUAUGCUUCAGAAGGGAGCUUCUGUUCAUCAAGCCCUCGAAGCUGUUGUCAACCUUAGGGAUCCCCUGAAGAUCCAUGAAGCUAUGCGCUACUACCUCCUCGCCAGAGACAAGUGUGUACGCCCUAUUCUUUGCAUUGCCGCUUGCCAGCUCGUUGGAGGCAACGAAGGCACGGCCAUGUCUGCCGCAUGUGUGGUGGAGAUAAUCCACACCAUGUCUUUGAUUCACGAUGAUCUCCCCUGUAUGGACAACGAUGAUCUCCGUCGGGGGAAGCCCACCAAUCACAAAGUCUUCGGCGAGGUUGUGGCGGUCUGGAUUUUUCUCCUCUCCAUUUCUCGAUCUGUAAGUUCUUAUUCGUAUCCCCCUUAA